CUUUGAAGGAAGAAAGGAAGUGCUUCUGCGUAGCUGAGCCGGACGGGCGGUGGAAGAGGGAGCAGUAUGUCCGCGGAAGUCCCCGAGGCAGCCUCCGCGGAGGAACAGAAGGAAAUGGAAGAUAAAGUGACUAAUCCAGAGAAAGCUGAAGAAGCAAAAUUAAAAGCAAGGUAUCCUCAUCUGGGACAAAAGCCUGGAGGUUCAGAUUUCUUAAGGAAACGAUUACAGAAAGGGCAAAAAUAUUUUGAUUCUGGGGAUUACAACAUGGCUAAAGCAAAAAUGAAGAACAAGCAACUUCCUACUGCAGCCCCGGAUAAGACAGAGGUCACUGGUGAUCACAUUCCCACUCCACAGGACCUUCCUCAACGGAAGCCAUCCCUUGUUGCUAGCAAGCUGGCUGGCUGAUUAAAAGAGCUGAACUGCAUGCAUCUUCUAAUUGCCAUUGUUUUCCCUUAAUAUGUUACUUCCCCGCUUUUUAUUUUGUUUUAUUCACUAAGUCAUUUGAGAGUGACAGCUUUGCAGGUAGUGGUAGUGUGUGCUGCUAUUAUAAGGGAAGAUACAUGUGUAGAGUUUUUGAUUAGCUUAACAGUGCACUGAUGGAGAGAACAUGUUAGAGCAACAUAAAGUAAUCUACUUGAAAAUAAUUGUAUAUAUUACCUAACUCCUAGUGUAGGACUGGUCAUAACAAACUACCAAGCAAGUUUUACAAUUUUAAUGUUUUGGCUUUCUUUAAUUCAUCCUAAUUAUAGCUUUGUGUGUUACUCUUAUUUAAUUAACCUUUACUGUAUUGAUUUCUUCUGUAUCUUCCUUUUGGAUUUUAUAAAACAGAAGUUUAAGACCACAAGUUGGAAGAAAGGUCACAUAUUUCAAACACCAAUAGAUGGGGCUCCAAAAGAUUUGUAUUUCUGUGCUUGAACUUGAAUGGCCUUAAACCUGAUUCAGCUUUAACAAUAGAAGUUUACUUGGGCAAUAUUUGCCCAUUCUGGUGUAACUUAUGUGACCCUAGUGCUUAACAGCUGCCAUUGAAGCUAAUGUUCUCCUUCAGUUAUAUAGUUACAAUACCUUUUGUUGUUAAAGAUAUGAAUGAAGUAUGCAUGUGCAUCGACUGUUGAAUUCACUUUUGUGCCAUUUUUGUAAAUACAGUAGUUUUGCACAACCUCUCCCAAAUGUCUGUAUUAAUUUCACAUAUUAAAAAAUAGAUGAUGUGCCAACCAGAAGCACAAAAGUUCCUACACAAAACUCUGUAUGCCAUUAGAGCUUUUGUAAAGUAAGAGUAGUUUACAGUCGUGGGCUUAUAGAAUACCAAACUGAAAUCUUUCCUCAGUCUGCCAUAGACUUAAGCUUUUUCAUUUGUUACCAAUAUCCAUGACAUUCAGUGGCCUUGUGCAAAUACGAUAUGUUGCUUAGGCAUAUCUUUUGUCCUAUGCAGAACAUUUCAUUUUGACUUUUAUGAAAAAUUGCAAUUCAUGUAAUUUAUAUAAACUUUUUAAAUGUAGAAACUUUUUACUUCCACAAUUUUGGGGACACUAGAAUAAAAGGCUUCAAUACUCUGCGUCCUGUGGCCCCUCCCUCCUUUUUUUUUAAUUGCUUCUUUGACUCAAAUCAUGUUGGCCUGUGCUAGUCAGUCUAUUUAGAAGCAUAGUGUAUCCUUACUCUUGAAAUUUGCUCUGCUGAAUGCUGUUUUAUGAUGAUGUUUUCCCUAUAACUUCAGUUAACCAUUCUUAUUCCUGUAUUAUGUCUAAUAUUUGACAGUUGUUUAAAUAAAAAGAACUUUAUAAUGAAACAGAUACUUCAGAGGACUGGUCCAGGGACCUAUGUCAGGAUGAGCUGAACUGGUAAAUAAUUUUAAGUAAUUAUGAUGAGCUUCAUGUAUUAGGUUUAUGACAAUUAGAGCAAUUUACAUGAUAGGUGGGACAUACAUUAAAAUGUUUAGAUAUUUUGCUUCUAUAGAUACCACUUUAAUAAAAUAUCAAUUUAAUUUUACUUGUUUUUUUAUCUAGUUAGUAAGGACUUGAACAGACUUUACUGAGACAAAUUUACUGCCCCUUUAGGAGCUCUUCCCAUAGUCGUAAUGCCGCAGCGUGAUAAUGAUCAGUAAUCUGAGAGGAUACUGUUUUUCUCUUCGUCUUUGACUUGCAUAUCCCUUCUCUUGAAUCCAGGCAUCUUCUGGAUCUUGGCUCCAUUUGUAUACUGCUUUCUUAUGACCCCAAAUCAUCAUAGAUGGUGCCUUGAGUAUUGCACCUGUACUUAAAGACAGCCUGAUGCUUUGAGGAAAGCUCACUGAUUAUCUUUCAUUUCUACCCAUCCCAAAAAGCAGAAAAGCACCAAAAUCAGUAGUGCUAAUUUGCAAUGUUAAGAAAUAGGACAAAACAGGUUACUCUACAAUAUGUGUAAUUAUUGUAGGGUCAAAUUAAGAAUUAUAAAAUAGUGCUCACUUCAGCAGCACUAAGAUUGAACGAUAGAUUAGCAUGGCCCUGUGUAAGGAUGACACAUUCAUGAAGCAUUCCAUAUUUUAAAGGAAAAAAAAGAAUUACAAAAUACCCCUGAAGUAGAAUUUCUGUAAUAUUUCUAGUCUUUUUAAUGAAUAUGUAUAAGCUAUCACCAUUAAGUCUACACAUUGGAGAAGAUUAAUCUGACAUAUCAGAGACCAUGUUGUUCUUGACCGUGAUAAGACUCCUGCUGUGACUCCUGUGGUUUGUGACACGUGAUGUAACCUCUGCCUGAAUUUUAGUUUGUAAAAUACAAUGCUGAUAUUUAACCUACCUCGAAACUUGAGGAUCUGUGAAAUACUGAGUAAGUGCCCAAAAUGAAAUAUUGUUGAUUGUCUUUUUAUUAAAAGUAAAUUUCCUCAUUAAACCAACCUGCCUUCUGUAAAGUCACAAUGCUUAAAAUCUCAGGAAUUUCCAUUAGGAAAGACCUGUCAUUAAGGAUUUGUAGGUAUAAUUGCUUAGCCUCUACUAUUGGUGCUCGGGAUAAAGAGGUUUUAAACUUUUCUAUUUUUGGUUCUGCCUCAAUGAUCAGUUUAUUGAAGACAUUUGCAGGCUGUUUCACCAUUGCUAGAAUGAAGAUUUUGACUAGAUGAGUUUAAUCAUAAUCAUUCAUUUCUAUGGUUUCAGAGUUGUGAUUUGAGAAAUAGCUUGUUUUAAUCACUGUCCUGUUUAUUAUAAAUUAAUGCUGAAGUAAAGCAGAGAUACCAAAUACUUCAUGAAAGUAUUGACUAACGUCUGAAAUAAAUUACCUGUUUCAUGUCUAGUAACUCUUACUUGAUGGUACAAUUUUGAGAAACACUUUUGAAAGCUAUGGCUGACUAAAAUAAUUGUAGCUCCUGGCAUUUGGGAUGGUAAUGAUUGGUGGAUUGUUUUUGAUGAACUGGAAGGAGCAUGUUUGCCUUAUUUACAAGUUAUUCAGUCCUCUUGUGCUGCUGACCUAAAAAUAUGUCUUAACUAUUCAUCAAGGAAGGCAGGUCUCUACUUGUUAUUAUACUUCAAUAGUUGGAAUUAGUUGCUCUUUACUUGAUGUGACAAAACCAUACCUCUGAAUAUAUAAUUGAUACUUUUUACCAAAUCAGACAUGUAUUUUUUUUUUCAAUCCAAAUUAGUGGAGUUUUAUCAAAGCUGAAAUGUAAUCUCAAACUGCUCUAAACUUGGUGUUUCGUGAGUCUGGGGCAGGCAGCCAUAGGAUGAACACAUCUGAGUGGCAACUGAAGCAGUUUUUCUGGUGGCCUUCUCAUAUUCCCCAAUAUUCAAACACAUUUCCACUCAUCAUUUUCCUCCUGCACCUCAUUUUACUUCAUCCCUAUCCUGACCUCCUAAGUCCCUGAUGGCUUUCCUUAAAUGGUGUUUAAGGCUGAUGAAUUAUCAUUCCUCACUAUCAUUCCUAAUAGACAAUUCAGUUUUCUAAAACACUAGUCUAAUCUGGAAAAUGACUAAUUUGAGCCACUGUUCCAACUCUGCAACUCAGCAUACACUGCCAGUCCUUCCCACCACACCUUGUAAAUUGAAACCUCAUUUUAAGAUUGUUAAAAUAAGGAUAAAAACACCAAUUUUAAUAGUUUUACUAGUUUUGGUCUUUUAAGUAGGUUGGCCUAUGAGUUUUAUUCUGCAAGUCACUGGUGGUCAUGAUAACCAUUAAUGUGUGUUUGUAUUGUUAUUUACCAACUAAAUAGCAUUUGAUAUUCUUUUAAUAUGCUCUCGCCUGUUACCACAUCUCUCACAUGUGAUGCAAUAGGACACUCCCCCUGUAUUAAAAGGGCCAAGAGUAAACGCCUUUUUUGUUGAACACAUCUAUAGAGUUGGCAGUUAAUGCUAAACUUUGUCGAAUAGCCCUUCCAAAAUUAUACUUGUGAAAUAUACAGAAAAAUAAAUUGAUCUACUUAAUUUGUAUUGAUUUAA